CACGCAGCCACCCUCACUCUGCACAGCAUUGGGUUAUGCUUGUUUUCCCGCCGAUGUGCUAAAAAACCUUGUGGAUAUUGCGCCUUCCGCAAGUACCACGCACACGCCUGGGCGUCAUGACGAACCUCUACAACUGAGCCUCAUAUAUUCAAAUUGGUGGUGCUGCUACAGCUCUCUGUUACUAUCCCAUCUCACAAUGGCAGCAAAGCUACCUGGGAGGCCUGCUCUACGCCAAUUGCUAUCGUCCACACCACGUCUAACACCAAAAACACCAAGCAGACGAACCUACGGAUCAAAGACGAACGCAUCACAGCAAGCUGCACGUCACAAUGUCUGCAGUGUGCAAACAGCCUUGAGACCAACCACCUCCACCCUUCCAAACGCUUGCUCUAGUAGGCGAUCCUAUGCUUCCAUUUCUGCAGCAGAACUUCAAUUCGGCCAGCCAGUCCACGAGACCCAUCCCCAUCUACUCCAGGCGGGAGAAAGUACGUUGCACACAACUUAUACCAGGAAGCCUCUCUGAUUCUCGUCAUAGUCACACCUGGAAUUACUGCGCAAGAAUACGCGGACCGACGAUCGAAGCUUGCCGCUAGCCUGCCGCACAAUGGCGUAGCUAUUCUUUCUUCGUCAGAUAUCAAAUAUCGCUCGGGAGCUGUGUUUUAUGAGUUUCAUCAGGAUCCAGAUUUUCUUUAUCUAACUGGAUUCAACGAGCCGGACGCUGUAGCAGUCAUACAGAAGGUUGGAUCCACGGCAGAUUACGUUUUCCAUUUAUUUCUACGGCCGAAGGAUGCUACAGCGGAACUAUGGGAUGGAGCUCGCUCCGGAGAACAAGCAGCUCUGGAUGUCUUCAAUGCUGAUGAGGUGCCUUUUCUUUCAAUAUCUACUGUGGCAUAUACUGAUUUACUUCUAGUCGGGUGAUGUGAACAACCUGGGCUCUUUACUUCCCCCAAUUAUCAGUAGUGCUGGGGAAGUAUUCACAGAUGUAGCAAAAAGUACUGGAUUCAGCCGUUUCUUCAAGAAUCCAGGCACACCACCAAAUGACUUUCAAAAAAUGAUUAAAAAUAGCAAGAUCAGACCACUAAGGCCUUUAAUGAACGACUUAAGGGUCAUCAAAAGCCCAGCAGAAAUCGCCAAUAUGCGUAUCGCCGGUAAGAUAUCCGGAAGGACUUUUACCAAUGCCAUGCGUCAGCACUUUACCAAGGAAAAAGAUCUAGGUGCCUUCAUGGACUAUGAUUUCAAAAUCGGUGGCUGUGAAGCUUCUGCGUAUGUUCCAGUAAUUGCUGGAGGCAAAAACGCAUUAGCCAUUCAUUAUGUCCAGAAUAAUGCUACCCUAAAGGAUGGUGAUAUUGUUCUUGUUGAUGCUGGCGGUGAGUAUGGAGGGUACAUUGCCGACAUCACAAGGACCUGGCCCAUCAAUGGCAAGUUCUCGGGUCCCCAGAAAGAUCUCUAUGAAGCAAUCCUUCGAGUACAGAGAACUAGUGUGGCUCUAUGCCGAGAAAGUUCCAAUUUGUCAUUGGAUGGCAUCCAUAAGAUUACCCACAACGGUCUCAAAGACGCGUUGAAGCAACUUGGAUUCGAUACCUCUGGAGAUGCUAUGAAUGUUCUAUUCCCUCAUCAUGUGGGCCAUUACGUUGGAUUGGAUGUGCACGACUGCCCAGGAUAUGCCCGAUCAGUUAACAUCAAAACUGGUCAUUGUAUCACUAUUGAGCCAGGAAUAUAUAUUCCAGAAGAUGAAAGAUGGCCGAAACAUUUUCGUGGAAUAGGCAUCAGGAUCGAGGAUAGUGUAUGUGUCCAGCCUGACACCGCCUUGGUUUUGACCACAGAGGCUGUGAAGGAAGUUGUUGAUAUAGAAGCAUUGCGUAGUUAAAUGUUACAAUUUGUAUUAUAGAUGUAGAAUAGAACAAAUUAGUGCGACAUUGAAAAACAC